UCGCACGCCGUCGUAACCGCCGCCACCGCGUGACUCGAAAGAAUUUCGCCGCGACGUUCCGUACCGCAAUUUUUCUCCUAUUUAUGCGCCGCGCGAAACGCGUCGUUUCCCGCGGCACACGCUCGACAAGGGUAGUAUUGUUUUAUGGUAUAUUUUAAAGACGCGUGCCGUACAAAUAACUCUACCUGCAAUAAUCGCCUAAUAUUCGAUCUACGCAUAUCUAAUAUAUCAUUAUAAUCGAUUCCGUUUUAAUGACACAGUUUAGCGGAAGAAAACGACACUUUGACGAUUUAAUAUCGUAAACACACAAUACAAUGUAAUACCUAAUUGUAUUGCACUCGCACGAUAUCAUGAUUUCACGUUAUAAACAUCAACACGACCACCGUAUACAGUGAUAAACCAAUGAUUUACCAAUAGGCGAAUACCUACUGCGACAACAAACUGCAUUAUAUCAGUAUACGGGCGAAACACACACACACACGUACACGGGUAGGCACACGACGCGACGAGUGCGCGACCGACCCGAAUCGAAACUGCAGUAUAGAGUUAUAAGUCCUGCAUAAUAUACCCAAACGCGCGCGCGCGCGUGUGUGUGUGCAUCGCUUUUUAUCGAUAAUAUAUAAUAUUAUAUUAUAUUAUUGUAUCGGUGAGCUGUAUUAUAAUUAUGCGGCCGCCGCCGGCGGCGCCGCCAGCGUCAUCGGCGAUCGCGACGACCGCGACUCCGGACUGCAGUGACGGCCGCGACCCGCAGCAUUUGAACACGGCGACCGCGACGACGAUGGUCACGUGAUUAGGAUGCCGCGGCCGUGCAGAGAGACGUACGGCGACCAAAAGCCGCCGUACAGUUACAUAUCGCUGACGGCCAUGGCCAUAUGGAGCGCUCCCGAGAAGAAGCUACCGCUGUCCGACAUCUACAAGUUCAUCAGCGACCGGUUUCCUUAUUACCGGAAAAACACGCAAAGGUGGCAGAACUCGCUGCGACACAACCUGUCGUUCAACGACUGUUUCAUGAAAAUUCCCCGGCGACCUAACCAGCCGGGCAAGGGCGCGUACUGGACGCUUCACCCUGACGCCUUGGACAUGUUCGAGAACGGAUCGUUUCUCCGGCGCCGCAAACGGUUCAAACUUCCGGCCGCCGACCGGGCGCUGUUGGAGGCUACGUUCGGCCGGCCGUCGUCGUCCGCCGCCGCCGCCGCCGCCACUGAAUUUGAUAUCCGCGACUCGCCGCCACUGCGCCCGUUGCCGAUCGGAUUUCACCGGCCGCCGCCGCCACCGCCGUACCGGAACAACAUUACCGUCAUGUCGUCGGAAGGGGCGACGUCGCCGGUCGGCACCGAACACUCGUUGUCGCCGUUGUCGAUCCACACCGCCAUCGGCGGCACCGCGGCGGCCUUCGCGACCGCCACCUCGAUGGCCAACCACCUGCACCGGCAGCACAAGCCCAAACCGUUCACCAUCGAGAGCAUCAUCGCCCCGGGCAGACGUAGUCACCCGUCCGACGAACACGACCGCGACGGUGACGAGACGGCGACACCGGACGUCCCGUUGCCGUCGUCGACCCCCACACCGCCCCCGCCGUCCUCGUCGUCGUCCCCUACGCCGCCGUCGCGUGCCGAACGCCCUCACCGCCGGUAUCCGCCGCCGGUGAGUCUGCUACCGUCUCAGCCGCAUCACCUGCAGGCCGACCACCAGCAGCAGCAGUUCCUCCACAACGCCCACCAUCACCACAACGGCGCCGGCAGCAACGGAUAUGCGGAAUUGUACGCGUACUUAAUCCAACAGCAGUCUUUCGCCGUGGCCGCAGCGGCCGCUUCCAGCAUAUUUCCAGGGCCUACCGCGCCUCUGCCACCGUUCCACUACAUGCCUCACCAUCACGUCACCAACGCCGCUGCCGCUGCCGCCGCCGCCGCUGCCGCUGCCACCGUUUUGCCGCCGUUCCCGCAGCUGGCCAACUUCACGAACCUGCAUGACUGCGGUACGGUUUGGAAACAAUGGUUGGACCAUUAAACUUCGCAAAGAGGAGACGAGACGAAGCAUGAAACUUAUUUUCCUUAUUGUCAAACCGUUUCGUAUAGACUUUUAAAUGGUAUAUGUACAUAUUCGUACUGUUGUAAUUUUAUUAUAGCGUUUUAAUACUAAAACAGAUGUACAAUAUUAUAUAAA